AUUCAUCUCUCCCAAAUCUCUAAACUUUUCAACUACUGAUUUCCAGAAAUUGCAUCUCUGCAUACGCUUCUUUGCAUUAUGCUGGGCGGCUUGUACGGCGACCUUCCACCGCCGUCGUCCAAGGCGGACGACAAUUCCACCACCACAAAUGUCUGGUCGAGCAGCGCCAAGAUGGCGCCGCCCACGCUCCGAAAGCCCUUCGCCCCUCCCCAAACAAUCCUCCGACCUAAACCGCCGCACCCCAAGCCGAUUCCGCCGCCCCUCUCCAAUAAACCCGCCGACGAGAACAGAAACCCUAAUCCGACCGCAGCGGCUUUCCAGCCCGCCCUAGUCGGCGUCACCAGCUCCGUCGUGGAGGAGUACGAUCCCGCGCGCCCUAACGACUACGAGGAGUACCGCCACGAGCGGAAGCGGAAGCAGGCGGAGGCGGAGCUGAGGAAGGAAUUGGAGGAGAGGGAAAGGAGAGAGAGGGAGAGGGAGGACAGGGAGCGGAGGGAGAGGGAAAGGGAUCGGGAGAAGGAAUUGAGCAUAUCCGGAGAGGAGGCGUGGCGGAGGAGGGCGGCUUUGAGUGGUGGAGUGCCGAGAUCGCCUUCCCCUCCGCCUAAUUCCAGUGGGGGAGAUAGAGAAGAAGGGUUUCGGAUUGGGAAAUCUGAGACUGGGGGUUUAGGGCUUGGAGCUGAAGGGAAGAUGACUGCGGCGCAGAGAAUGAUGGCGAAGAUGGGGUGGAAGGAAGGGCAGGGGCUGGGGAAGCAGGAGCAGGGAAUUACCACACCGUUGAUGGCAAAGAAGACCGAUAAGAGAGGCGGCGUGAUCGUCAAUGCCAGUGAGUCGAGUAAGAAGGUUAAGAGUGUUAGUUUCAGCGGAACGCCAACGAGAGUUGUGCUUCUCAGGAAUAUGGUUGGUCCUGGUGAGGUUGAUGAUGAUUUAGAAGGUGAGGUGGCGGAGGAGUGUACUAAAUUUGGCACAGUGACCCGCGUCUUGAUUUUUGAGAUCACAGAGCCAAACUUCCCACAUGAGGAAGCUGUGAGAAUCUUUAUCCAAUUUGAGAGAUCAGAGCAAGCAACUAAGGCCCUCAUAGAACUUGAUGGUCGCUUCUUUGGGGGAAGGGUUGUUCGAGCUGGUUUCUAUGAUGAGGAAAGGUUCAGUAACAACGAGCUAGCUCCCCAGCCCGGGGAAAUUCCUGGAUUCUUUUGAUAGUAUUGGAGAAAACAAGAUCCUAACAGCUGUUGAAAUCGUGCAAGAGGCUCGUGCUCAUCUUCCUUGAGUGGUCUGCGUGGCCUGCUUUCUUGCUGAACAUCCAUCCAUUUAGCUUCAAUAAUUGUAAGCUCGGACGCACUCGGUUUGAAAGGUAUAGCUUCAAUUAUUCAUCUAGAGGAGAUGUGAACUUGUUUCUGACUGCAGAUAUCGCAUUUGCGUAUAUUGUAGUUGAAUUUCCAGAGUGCCUUUGACUCAGAAGCAGUGUUUUGUAUUUCCAUCUUCGACUUAUCUUGUCGAGUUCAGUUUUAUUUUGUUAUAUAUUGCGAUUAUUUGCUGCUGCUAA